AUGUAAGGACGCUGUGCAGACGCUGCGAGACAGUCGGUUAAUCUCUUUGAAAAACAAACUUGGAGCUGAUGCAAGUUUAUUUCAGCCAGUAGUUACAGCCCAGCCGGUUACCGGGGUCGCCGUAAUGAUCUGUGUGCUGCUAGUCGCUGGCCAUGGGACAUUGCUGGAGAGUGAGAUCAAGAAUGAAGCCACAGGCCUCUACAGCCACUUAGUUGGGAUCCCAAAGGCUCUGUUACCGGGAGUUGGUGGGAAAAAGAUUCUGGAUUUCUGGUGGGAAGUAGUAAAUAUACGCCAGCUCUUCAGUGAUGUCUACCUUGUCACAAAUGCAGAUAAAUACAAGUACUAUGAGCGAUGGGCAACUGCCAUUGAUUUUCCAGUGGAAAACAUUAUUAAUGAUGGGUCGACAACCAGUCAAACACAGUUGGGUGCAGUGGCUGACUUGGAGCUGGUGAUCAGGAGCAAGAGGUUCACUGACGAUGUCAUGGUGGUUGCUGGGGAUAUGUUAUGUGAAGAUCUGAACUUUGAUAUAGCUGAAGUUCUCAAAUUCUUUAAGUUUAAGAAGGGAGAAUUGGCAAUUUACUAUGAAAUGGAAGAAGGAGAGAAAACAGAAUCUCGGGGAAUAGUUGAGGUGUGCCCCUCGACACACAGAAUCACCAAGUUUUAUGAGAAGCCCUGUGCAGAUGUUACAGAAUCGAGGCUGGCAAGUGUCGUCUUUUAUUGUUUCCAAAGCAAGACACUGCCAACUCUUGGAGAGUAUUUGAAGCAUCAUCCACUGGUGGAGGAUCGAAGGUUUGGGAAGUAUAUGGAAUGGCUCAUCAACAAGACUGGAAUCACAGUGUUUGGAAUGAAGCUGCCUACUGGAUUCCAGCUAAUUGGGCAAGUGGAUCUCUCUGAAUACAAGAAGUGGCUGGCAUGCUACUCUUCAAAGCAACAUGGUUUUGCUACCAAAUCAAUCACCUGUCGUUCCUAUGCAAGGAUCGGAAUUAUGGGAAAUCCAUCAGAUGGCUUCUAUGGGAAAACCAUUGCCAUGACGAUAUCUAAUUUCUGGGCUGAUGCGAUGAUAUGCGAAAGCAACAAAGUCGUGCUAAUACCGCAUCCUCUCAAUGAUCCAACAGAGUUUGGCAGCUUGCAAGAUUUGCACAGGAUCAGUAGGAAGGAAGGGUAUCUGGGUGGUCUGAGACUGCUUCAAGCAACUUGUAAGAAAUUCUACCAAUACUGCUCUGAGCAAGGAAUCGCUUUGGCCAAACGGAACUUUACUCUGAAAUAUGACACUAAUAUACCACGGCAGGUGGGCCUUGCUGGAAGCAGUGCUAUUGUGUCAGCUGCACUUAAAUGCUUGAUGAAGUUUUAUGAUUUAAUUGAUGAUGAUUUGCCAAAGCCACUCAGGGCAAACUUCAUUCUGAAUGUAGAGACCGAAGAGUUAAUUAUUACAGCAGGACUUCAAGAUCGGGUGGUCCAGGUUUAUGAGGGACUGGUUUACAUGGAUUUCAACAAGGAAUUGAUGGAGAAACAAGGUUAUGGAAGGUAUGUUACCAUGGAUAUAAGCCGUGUGCCACAUUUCUGGCUUGCUUAUAUGGGAGAUCCAAGUGAUUCUGGGAAGAUCCACAGUAAUGUGCAACAGAGAUGGCUCAAUGGUGACUGUGAUGUUAUGGCAGCAAUGAAAACCUUUGUAGAACUCACAGAUCUAGCGAAGACAGCCAUGGAGUCUCGGAAUUGGAAUGAACUUUCUGAGCUGAUGAACAAAAAUUUCGAACUACGCAGGUCCAUAUACACAGAUGCUUGUUUGGGCCAAGGAAAUUUGAGGAUGGUGGAACUUGGCAGACAGUUUGGCUCCGCAGUAAAACUUCCUGGCAGUGGAGGAGCAGUGAUUGGUCUCUGCCUAGAUCCUGACAACUUGGUUGAGUUAAAGAAAGCUUUCCAGGAAGAUGGGUUUGUUAUCUGCGAUGUUGUUCCAUAUGGACCUUGAGUUUUAUGAAAUUUUUAUAACGUGGUAAUUGUAAAGAGUUAUAUCAGUAGGAAAAUAGGUUGAAAUGUAAAAUAUAAUAACAAUAAUUGAUUCUUUUAGACUUGAAUUGGAAAAAAUGAAGAAAACUACUACAAUGGUACAAUUCGUUUCGACACUAUUAAUUUAGAAAAUAUCUUGUCUUGUAAUGAACAAAUGCUCAGCUACCAGAUGUUGGUGUGAAAUGAUGUUUAGAUGAUUGAGAGAUGACACAAACAUGGUAAGACCAUUGGAUCUCUGACUGAAACCAAUGGACAAUUCUCCGAAUUCAUAAAAUUCUGUGAAUAUCCACCAGUAUAAUAAGUUUAAGACAUACAUUAUAUAAAUCUGUCUCAAAUUUUAAAUAUAUUACUGGAGCUUACUGACACUAAUGGAUGCAUAAGAGGAAGUGACAAAAUUAGAAUCUAAUGCAUAUUAAAUGACAUUAUCAACUGCAAAAAUGGUUGACAAAUGUCAUUUGAGCCCAGAAGAUAGAUGAUAGCCAUGAACUUUUAUUUUACCAUGCUCUCUGAAUUGUAUCUAGUUUCAGAUGAUUGGGACAUAUGUGUUUAAAUAAUAUGCAUUUCUUAAAAAAAGCUUCCAACAUAUAGUUUACUGAUUCUGAGUGUCUCUCACUUAUAAUCCUCAAACAGAGAAUAAUUUCAGAAAAAAAAACACAUAGUUAAGUAUAUGAAUAGGAACGGUUUAGAAGGAUGUGGGCCAGAAGCAUGCAUGUGGGACUAGUUUAGUUUGGGAUUAUGUUUGGCAUGGACUGGUGGACCAAAGGGUCUGUUUCCAAGCUGUAUGUCUCUAUGACUGUAUGUCUAGGUAGCACUAAGAUACACGCCUUCUUUCCAAGCUGGUGUAAUGAGUUAUACAGAGCAUUGUGUUGAAGGAAGAUUUAAAAGGUAGUAAGACUGUAAGAUAUACGAACUAGGAACAGGAGUAGGCCAUUCUUCCACUCAAGCCUGCUCCACCAUUCAUCUGGAUUGUGGCUGAUUUGACAUUCCUCACAUCCACAUUGCUGUGCCCUAUCCCCAUAACCCUUGACUUGUCAACUAAUCAAGAAUCUGUCUAUCUCAGACUUAAAUAUACACAGAUACUCUGCCUCACAACUCUCGGCAGUAAGGGGUUCCAAAAACUCUUAAUCCUCCGAGAGAAGAAAUUCUUCCACAUCUCAGUCUUUUGGUAUCCCUUUAUUCUGAGAUUGUGCCUUCGGUCCUAGACUCUCCCGUGAGGGGAAACAUCCUCUCAGCAUUUACCUUGUCAAGUCCGUUAAGAAUCCGAUCUGUGUCAAUGAGAUCACCUCUCGUUCUUCCAAACUCCAGUGAAUAGAGUACCAACCUGUUUAACCUUUACCCAUAAAGACAGUCCCUUCACAUUAGGGAUCAUCCCUGUGAACCUUCUCUGAACUGUCUGCAAUGAAAUCAUCUUUCUUUAAAAAAGGAGACCAAAGUUGCUCACAGUAUUCCAAAUGCAGUCUCACUAGCAUCUUAUACAGUUGCAAUAAGACUUCCCAUACACUUAAACUCCAAUCCCCAAUGAGGGCCAACAUUCCAUGAGCCUUCUGAUUUCCUUCUGCCCUGUAUGCUGGCUUUCUGUGUUUCAUGCACCAGCCUCCCCAAGUCCCUUUGUGCUACAGCUUUCUGUGGUUUUUCUCCAUUUAAGUAAUAUCCUGUUGUUUUGUUCUUCCUUCCAAAUUGAACAACUUUACAUUUUCCCACAUUAUACUCCCUUUGCCUACGUUUUGCAUACUUAAUUAAUCUAUAAAUAUCUCUGAUUUUGAGGUCAGUGGGGUAGAGUAACUGUAAGUUGAAUUUAAAUCACAAAAGUAGAAAUUGAAAUAAACAUUAGGGAAGACUGAUGGGAUUCAGGAGAGAUCAAAGAGACAGACAGAAAAAGUCAGAAAACAGCACUAAUAAACUUUAGAAGAAAUGAGAUUUUAUAUUGUAAUUGAUGUUUUCGAGCCAGAGUUAUGAAUUUGGAACAAUUAUCACAAUUAUGUCAUUAUAAAUUAAUUUUUCAAUCAUUAUUGCACUAACUUUGACUUUUUAUGGCAUCCUUAGUGGGGAGAGAGUGUGUGAGUACUCCAGUUUCAUGCCAUUGGGUUAUCUUAGUGUCAAGUCUCCCAUUAACAACUGCUGCAGUUCAUCUUUUGGUGGGAUGAUAUUUCUAAAAGCAGCUUCUGGAUGUCUGUGUUCUGGAUUUGCACAUGCGUAAACACAAGAAAUUGUCUCAUUUACUGUACAGUAAUGGCAAAUCCUGACUUGGUCACCAGCAGUAUAAAUGUAAACAGUUCAGAAACCAGUGGCAAAGGUUUUGAACUGCUUCAAGGCAUGUGUCUUGUUGACAUAGAAGAUAAAUUUGAUCUAUUAGCUCAGUUGGCUGGACAGUUGUUUUGCAAUGCAGUGUGAUGCCAACAGCGUGGGUUCAACUCCCACACUGGCUAAGGUUACCAUGAAGGGCGCUCCUUCUCAACCUCUACCCUAGUCUGAGGCAUGGCGACCCUCUGCUUAAACCACCACCAGUCAUCUCUCUCUAAGGGAGCAGCCCUGUUAGUCUCUUAAGACCAUUGUACCUUCUACCUACAAGUUUGAUGGGCCGUUCCAUUCCAUCUUUGAGACUAAUAAUCGCUGCAAUACUUUAAGUGUGUCAAAAAAAGGUGUUGAUUUACUGUAAAUUUUGCUGCAAGCACACCGUAACCUUUCAUGUCAAAAGAUAUUCAUUAGUUGCCUCCUCUGGAACCGGCCUGGACUAUCAAAAUUAAUUCAAGAGGUAUUCUGAGGAAGGGUCACUCGACCCGAAACAUUAAUUCUGAUUUCUCUCCACAGAUGCUACCAGACCUGCUGAACUUUUCGAGCAACUUAUGUUUUUGUUUGAGAUUUAUAGCAUCCACAGUUCUUUUGGUUUUUAAUUCAAGACAUGACAGGGGAUGGGGGGCAAACAAUCCAAUUUGAGUUCUAAAUUCAGAUUGCAGUCAGGACAACAAAUAUGUUAUCAAACAUUGAUAAUGGGAACUGCAGAUGCUGGAGAAUCCAAGAUAAUAAAAUGUGAGGCU